AUGUGUUGCACCAAGUUUGAUGCCAUUGAAGGUUCUCACGUGUCAUGUGACCCAGAUUUGAGCACUACUGCAGAGGUGAGGUGGACCAAGACAGCAGGCAGCGCUUCCGACAAGUUCCAGGAGACGUCCAUCUUCAAUGAGACUCUACGGAUCCCCAACAUCCAGAGAGUGCAGGGCGGCCGCUACUACUGCAAAGCUGAGAACGGGGUGGGGGUGGCUGCCAUCAAGUCCAUUCGCGUAGAUGUGCAGUAUCUGGAUAAGCCUGUACUCACGGUGCACCAGACGGUGGGUGAUGUACGAGGGAACUACUAUCAGGAGAAAACAGUGUUUUUACGCUGUACGGUAAACUCCAACCCUCCCGCUCGCUUUAUCUGGAAACGAGGAAAUAAACCAAUCGAACAGAGCAAAGACAAUGGCGUGGACAUCUACGAGCCUCUGUAUACACAGGGUGAGACAAAGGUGCUGAAACUGAAAAACCUCCGUCCACAGGACUUUGCUAAUUACACCUGUCAGGUGUCCGUCCGGAACGUUUGUGAUAUUCAAGACAGCUCUGUCACCUUUCGCCUUACCAACACCACCACACCCCCUGCUCUAAAGCUGUCUGUGAAUGAGACGUAUGUGGUGGACCCAGGCCAAGACGUCACGCUGUCGUGUGAGGUAACAGCGGGCUUCCCCACACCUAGGGUCACCUGGUCGCGGUACCCUGGGUCCCUCCCUCAGCGCUCCGUGAUCCAAGGCGGGUCCCUCACUCUCCGGUCCGUCACUCCCGCUGAUGCCGGCGUCUACAACUGCACAGCCGUCAACAAUGUGGGAAACCCUGCGAGAAGAACCGCCAACCUCAUUGUGAGAACCAUGAAGAACUUAACAUUCCAGAUCACGCCGGAUUCCAACAAAGACAGUGAGAGCAUACAGAUGGGUCGAGACCUCAAACUUUCCUGCCACGUUGACGCCCAGCCUCAGGACAAGGUGAACUACACCUGGUACAAGAAUGGAGCGCUCAUCUACCCCACCGACAGCCUCAUCGUGCUGCGCAGUGACCCAGACAUGCCACCCGCUACCAGCAGUCUGGAAAUCGUGGACAUGAAGUUCAGAGAUCAGGCCACCUACAGCUGCGUAGCGAACUUCCCUGGGAGCAGCGUUCCUGAACUGCGAGUGGACGUGAACAUCACGCAGAGCAGCGUCGUUCCUCCUGUUCUGAGUGUGCCUGUCGGAGGGGGUGUGGUCAAUGUCAGUGAGGGCAGUACCACAGAGCUUGUGUGUUUGGUCGAUGGUAAGCCCCGCCCACCUGUUCUGUGGUCUCGUGCAAACAAGGACCUGCCCAUGCCAUCGGGGGAUUGGGUGGUGGAAACACGUGAUGGACGUUUGCGUUUGACCAAUGUGACGAGGGACAUGAUGGGAGCAUACCGUUGCCAAACCGCUCCUUACAACGGCCUAAACAUCAAACGCCGACAGGGUCAGGUGCAGCUCAAUGUGGAGUACCCUCCUGUUGUGGAUCCAGUCCUGCUGGAUGUCCGUUCUCAAAUGCUUUCGACAGUCAAUCUCCGAUGCCUGGUUCUCAAGUCCAAUCCAAACCGGAUAGCCAGCGCCCGCUGGUACCGUAAUGGGAUGCUCAUCCGAACUCCACCGGUGGACCCUCAAAGUGUCCCUCAGCUCCGGUUCAAACUAGACACCACUAAUAAUGGCACUUACGAGUGCAGAUUGAGCAAUGGAGUCGGUACCUCAACCUGCACCUUCAUUGUGUCUGCUCAGCCGUAUAAUGCAGAGUUUUACUACGACACUCCAAACCCCAUUCGCACCCUGAAGAACAAUUAUUCCUACAUCUUACAGUGGACACAGAAAGAGCCCGGCGCUGUGGACAAAAUCAUCGGUUACUGGAUCAAUGUCCAACAGAACCGACAGACAGUUUUGUCCAAACAGAUCACCACUAAAGAGCCAGUGAAAGGUGUGCUCAUGUCUUACACGCUGAUGGACUUGCGUAUUCCCCUGCCGUAUGAGGUCAGCCUCACUCCCAUAACCAGCUACGGCACUGGAAACACGGUCACGCGCACCAUCCAGUACUCAGAGCAUCACGUGUGUGGGUUUGAGGACAUUAGGAUAUGUGGGUUCACUCAAGACCGCAGAGAUGUGUUUGACUGGACCAGACAGAACCAUCUCACACAGAACCCCAAACGGUCGGUUAAUACAGGGCCGGAUACGGACAGGAGUGGGACAAAAGAAGAGAAUUUUUCCAGUUGA